AUGCUUACUACGCGCCAACCUUUCCCGUCGCUAUCCGCAAACAAUCUUGUGUCCCAGGGUGGCUCCGGCCAAGUCUUCGCAAUCAGCAAGAACGUGGCCUUCAAAUGCCCACUCACGUUCGAGAGUGAUAAUCUAUCACCAGAGACAAAGCGCGAGAUGGAGGAGAACAUUGAGAAGGUCGAGAACGAGAAGGGAAUCUAUCUUCUGCUCAAGAUCCAUCCACAUCCGCAUCUUCUAUAUGGUAUUCUAAGUGUUCCCGAGGGCAUCUUCAUGCCUCUUCUGGAGACUACCCUCGCAGAUCGCCUCGCUUUGUCUGUUCCCAACCCUGAAAUACAGGAGCGCUGGAUCUAUCAGCUUGUCAGUGCAGCAGCCUGGCUCGAAGGACUAGGUUAUGUUCACGGCGAUCUACGACCACAGAAUAUUCUUAUCGACAGACUUGGCAAUAUAAAGAUUGCGGAUUACGAUGCAACCGUCUCGGCUGGAUCGGAGCUACAACUUGCCACGCUGCCCUUCUGUAAAGUUGAUGAGAACUUUGAACCCCCAGUGGCUGGUCCCGAGAGCGAACAGUUUUCCUUGGGAUCCUGUAUCUAUAACAUACGUUUUGGUNUUUCCCCCUACGCUGAUCUUGGGCUCGAGUCUCCUGUCUGGCGUAGGAGGCUGGUCCGCAAAGACUUUCCCCCGACGCGAGAUGAUGCUUUUGGCGACAUCAUCCAAGGUUGCUGGAGCGGGGCUUUCCCUUCGAUCCGUUCUCUCGAGACGGAAAUAGUCUUCCUAGAACAUUUCGACUACAAUGCCGCGUGA